GUUGUAUUUCGGGUGGGAUAUUCGUCUCUGGCUAUAUUCUUUUGGAAUUUGAAGCGUGCAUCGACAGCGAGUAUCACACACAUCAACACAAAACCUACGAUUUACUCCGCACGUCAAUCCACAACAUCCAAACCAAAAAACAUGGGCUACCGCAUCCCCCUCAAACCCCCCCAAGGCGACUCUCGGCCAACCUCCGAUACCCUCCCCACCGACUCCCUCCGGCCCCCCUCCGCCCGCCGCCCAUCCCAAUUCAAAAAAGGCUCCUCCAAAAUCGACGCCUCCACACCGGACCUGCCCACCUCCGACAAACCCGCACCGCGCCCUAUAUCAACAGUAACAACCCGCACCCAACCCAUCUCCCGCGACGACGUCGACAUGGCGUUUGACGCGAUGAGCAAGGAUGGGAAACGCGUGAGAAGGGAGGAUGUGAGCCGAUUUGUGGAUGUGUUUUUCGGGAUCGUGCAUGGCGAUGCGGGGGGCGGUGGGGGGCUCGCUUCUUUCGGACUCAACAACAACCCCGCGACGCCCGCUGGGGGGCGGAAGGAGGCGCGGACCGUGAGCACGAGCACGCCUGGAUUACCUGUAGCGGUGGAGAGGGCGGAGGCGCCGCCGCCGUCACGGGGCGGAGGUGGGGUGAAGGUGGAUAAAGCGGAUGGGAUGAAAGCGAAGGCGGUGAAGUUGACGGGGACGGGGAAGGAGGAGAUGACGAGGGAACGGUUGGGGAGUCUGGUGAUUGGGAAGGUACCGAGUGGGGGCUUUGAUGAGGCUUUUCAUUGGUUCGAACCACACACGGAAACCCCGUCCUCACCACCCGCCCUCACCGAAUCGUGUCUCCGAAAACUAGCCGCGGCCCUCAGCCCGUACGGGAUGGCGCAUAAAGGCGACGUGGCGGCGCUGUUGGCGCGGUUUGAUGCGGAUGGGGAUGGGGUGAUUGGGUUGGAGGAUUUUAGGAAGAUGGUUGUUUGAGGCUGCGUGGGAGGCGAGACUUCUGGGUUGGAUGUAUGGGAUUGCGUUUCAUGUACAGAUAUCCAACGGCGCCGAAAGCCUGUUACAAAUUCCUGUCAGCGCAAAAUACAUCCGGCCCGACCUCGUCCGGGGUCAUGCUUAAACCGCAGCUCGAUUGAACAGAUAUAUACCCGGCAUAUGUGAUCGUAACGAACGUUGCAUACCCCCUUCACCGAGCGUCGU